ACAGUACACUACGGUUCUUGGAAACCACCAAACCUGAAACUACCGACAGAGCAGCGUCGUUAUAAAGCGCGAGGUCGAGGACCCUCCUCCAAUGUGUAACUCUGCACACAAUCCAUAUGACACGUUCCCUCGCCCCCGCCGCCCAGACAUCGCGCUUCCGUUGGUGGGCGAGUCGGGGACUUGCCAGUUAUGCCGCCAACCAGCCGCCGUCCCCCGAAAUAGCACGCAGUCCAGCGGUGCGACAACACCUUCAACAGAUGCGCGGGAGCUGGUGACGCGGACAAUGGAAGCGGACCACUUUAAGGUCUCUGUACUUUGUACAUACACACAUACGCAGCAAGCAGCAGUAGGAGCAGCCAAUUGACUUGCCUUACCUGGGCAUGGAGGGAUCCAUG